CGUGUCUCACAGACACAGAGGCAGGCACAUGCUGAAAGCAUAGGCACGCACGAAAAGUAUCAAACGCUACAGCAGACGCGUCGUAACGGUAAAGAAGAGAGUACGAAGGGCCAUUGAUGGAGGAGCCAAAAGAAAAUCGUGAAGUUACUAGACAUCGAAAUUACCAUCAAUCGCUGAUAAAAAUCAAGUUCUAGAUCAACCAAGACCGCUCUUGUAUUUGCAUCAACCAGAAAACUCCACAAUGUUCUAUUGUGAUAUUGAAGUUCAUCAACGAUGGAAGAAAGAAAACUUACAAAAUCCUGUGACACUCUGGCAAGGUUGAAUGAAAAUGAACAUAAAUUGUUUGAAAACCGAAAUCAUUGCACAAAACCGUUGCCUAUUAUAUUUAACGAAGAAAAUGGUGAAGACUUAAUAAACGAUCAAGAUUGCGUUGAUGAUUCAACGAGAAUUAAUUGCUGUAACAAUUCCUCAAAAGCGUUAUUAUGUUUAAAGGAUUCAGAAAAGUCUCAGGAGAAAGAGGAACCAUGUUCGUUGAAAAAAAUUAAUCAGCAACCACCUUCACCGACUACUCUACAAUGGGGUAGGGCCAUAGCAGAGGUAAAGGAACAUGCUGUAGCAAAAUUGCAAGAUGAACUUAAAAGAGCACACGAGGAGUUAAAAUUGAAAGAUGAAGAGGUCACAAGGCUCUCGAGAAUCAAACAGGAUGUCGAAGCUGAAUUAGAGGAACUCACUGCCAGUCUCUUUCAAGAGGCACAUAAUAUGGUUAGAGAAGCGAAUGUACGUCAAGCCACAGCGGAACGUUUAUUAGAGGAAAGUCGUAUGAAAGCCGAGGUUCUAGCUGCUGAAGUAGCAGCAUUGAAAACGUUAGUCUUAACUUCGACGCCGGCUAAGCCAAAUUUUCAUUUACACCCGCAAAUCGAUACGAAAAGUCGUUCAAAUAGCGAGGAUGGUCAACAGGGUCUUUUUACAAGAAAACACAGAAGGUCACCGUCGCAUUUUAACUUAAAAUACGGUCGAGAGAAUUCUCCACCGGAUUCUCCGCUAAAAGAACAAAGACCGUCUUUACCAUCCGAUCGAGAAUCCCUCGAGAGGGAUUGGAAGAAAGAUUCAGACAAAGAGAAAGAUAAAGAAUGUAAAGAUUUCGGCCUUGAAGUUGAUCCUAGAAUUCAUACAGAAUUUCUUAAAUGGAAAGCUAAUCCAUGCGUGGACAAAGGUGAUCCUUUUGUCGGUAGAGUAUUUAAAGAAGAUAUCGAUCUUUGCCUUGAUUUCCCUAAUAAAGAAUUAGGAACGAAGGUUAGGCAAGCUGUUCUCGACGGUAUUAUCUUCAUCGAGGCGAUAAGUGACAAAACUAAAUUUACAUUUCCAAAAAAAUGUGUAUUACUCGAAGCUCCGCGUCAAUGUUAUUAUCGAAUGAGGCUCGGGGAUCAAGAAAAUCAGUGGUACAGCAUAUCACAAAUUUGUCGAAAUCGAAUCAUAGCGGUCUGCGAUUUUUUGAAUUACCUACGUUAUAUCGAGCGUGGCCUUGUCAAAAGUUCAGUUCACGAUGUUUAUUGGGAAAUUACACGAUUACGGAAGGAAAUGGCGUUCGCUCGUCUGGGUCUCGCGCUAUCGUCUUAACGCACUCCAUGGAGGAUUUCUUCUAGUCUUAAACAUAACAAAUUAGGCCAUGGAUCUGUUAUAUUAUUCAUUUACAUCUAUCGACUAUAGAUUGUUAACAAUUUUAAUCGUUCCAGCUAGACUCGAUCAUUUUUACUACCUACCGAUCGAGAUUUUAUAGAGUAAGUGUUAAAAUUUUAACGUAUAAAAGUUCUCAAAAUCCUCUAUUAUAACGCUUUGAAUUUAUUUAAUGGAAAAAAAAGGAAAGAAAGUGAUUGAAUAUGAGCCAAUUUAGAAUUUUUCAUUGAGAUUAUAGUUUCUAAAAAUUCUGAAUCCUAUUUUUUAUUGUUAAACAAUGAAGACUUUUAACGAUCUGACGUUUGUUAUAUAAAAGUAUAAUUUACUAUUAUAAAAAAAAUCCAAAAAACGUCUCGAUCAGUUUCAAAGUGCAAUGAAGUAUCUUUAAGAUAUUGGGAAACAUGGUGCCUUUUGACUUUUCGCUUAUUAAUAACACGUAACUAGUUUUAAGUUUUAUAUUUAGCGAUGAUUUAAUCAUGCCCACGCAGUUGAAAUUAUUUCGGGACUUCUAUAUCACACGAAUAGCUGCAAUUUCUAUUACUUUAAACUGCAUUCUCUCGUUUGAGAUAAAAAAAAGGUGUAAAUGUUGUAGUCUGAAAGGGUAAACGUCUUCACAGAAUAAUUUUGAAGUUGUCUAUUGAUUGAGAUUAUGACAUCUAAUGAAAAUAUGUAUUAUAUUGACAAUUACUUUUAAGUAGAAAAUAUUCAAUGCAUCCAGAGAUAGGUUAAUCGCGUUUCAUUCUUUUUCCGUUGACUAUUAAUGAUUAUACCAAUUCCUUCAAGUUUGUAGCAAUAUUUGGUUGCUCAUUAAUAGUUAUCAAUACCUGUAGAUUGUGAAGCGAUGUUUUUUAUAUAUGUACAUACCUUUGGACUUACCAAGUAAAACUAAAUUUAUCGAAAAAAAAUGAAUCUUUAUAUAGUGUUAACAAAUAUUGAAAUAAUUAAAUUAUUUCAAUAAUGUUUUCUGAAAAUAUAAAUAUCUUAACACUAGAACUAUCGACGUUUGAUGCACACUAAUUUCUAAGUUGAAAAUAAUACAGAAAAUUAAAUAAAUACCAGAUGAAACAUAAUUUAAUAUAUGUAUAUAUCAAUUCUUUAUCUCGACAAUAGUCAACAUACAUUCCAGCAAAAAUACCUUGAUAAACUUGAUAAUUUAAAAUAAGAAACUGGAAAGCAGUCAUUUUGACCCCUUUGGUAGUUCUAGUGUUGAAUCAUGGCUAAGUAUUCUAAAACAUGCCAUACAUAAAUCUUCUAUUAAAAAUCAAAAGCAUAAAUAUCUAUGGAUAAAAAAGAUUGUUGAAUAUUGUAUUAAUUAAGUGGCACAAAAUGAUUGUGUUUUUAAUUUAAGAAUCAAUGAUAUUAUAUCGAAUAUAAUGAUCAUAUAUUUAUAUAUCGAAUAAUUUAUAAAACUUAAAUCUUGUCCAAAGGUACACAAUUUUCCCCCGUAGAGAGAAUUGUAUUAUAUCCACAAGGAAUAUAUUCCAUUUUGUUGCAAACAUUAAUCAGUACCUGGUAACUAGCGCGCAUAUGAAAAAAAUAAAUAAAGUGUAUACUAUUAAGAAUGAUAUGAAACACUCUUAUGUAAAUUGUCAUGUAACUAACGUAGUGGUUGAAAUUAGAAACAUUUGAUGUGUGCUAUGGCUAGAAUAACCUUUUAUAAUCUGCCACAAAAUAAUUUCUAUCGUAAUUUUUCUACGUUGAUUCAUUUUUCAAUUGUAAAUUACACAUUUAACAAACUAUACUCGAUUAGGCAUUGUUAUUGUUAUACAUAAAAGUGUUUCGAUCUUCAGCAAUAAGGAAACUUUUUAUGCAAUACUUCUUCCAGUGUUUUACAUGUAUUAUUUUAGAUCUGAAUCAUUGAAACAAGAUACUUCCGUUUUAUAUUCUUUUAUAUGAAUAUCAAAAUAAAACGUAGGCUUGUUUUUAUAUAACUAUAAUAAGUAAUUAUUAAGGAUAUGUUUCCUGCUUAUUGAAGGUGCUUUAAAGAUAUAUUUAUAUAUCAAAUGCUUCCAAUUGUAAAAUUCUUAGACUAAUUUUAGGUACUUGCUGUUAGUAAGUUUUUAUACAAUCAAUCAAAAGAAAUGUGUUCGAAUAUGCAAACAUAAUUUAGCUUGAGAUAAUUUUUUGCAAAAAUCCAUGGGUUUCUAAAUCAAAACGAAUUUUAGUUUUAUCAAUUGAAUCAUUAUUACCGUAUGCGCAUGCGUUCGCGUAAAAUAUUGCGCAACAAUUAUAUUCUGAAGAAUUCAAUUGAACAGACAAAUAUUUUUCCCUGUUUAAUUUUUGUACAUAAUGUUAUUUAAGAAGAUCGAAAUAAUAAGCUCAUUUAUUCAGUACUAAGUACGAAGAGAAGAAAUAAAAUUGUAACAAUAUGUACAUGUUUGAUAGUCAAUUAGAAAUAUUCACAAUAGUACUCGUUCAAAUUGUUCAAGUUGCCAAAGAUCGCUUCCGAAUGAUUUUCAUCAUAAGUUUAUACAUUUAGAUGUGAUCCAUAAGUACAUAUAGAUUCGAAAAGAGUAAAACGACUUCCGCAUAAUAACAUACAGGAAUUGUAAUAAUUAUUAUCCAAAAAAUCUGUCAUAAUAGUGAUUAAAUAUAAAUCUCUUUAUUUUAAAGUAA